AUGCAGCUCUCGUCGUUCUCCCUCCUCUUGCUGCUCUGCGCUCUUGCGUUGGCUUCAGCACAAACUACCAGCCCCGCCGCCAGCCGCGCCGCCAGCCCAGCCGCCAGCCCCAAUACAGCCCUGAUCACCACCUUGAAGACCGCUGCCUCCCAGGUGGACAGGGUGAAUGCUCUUGGCGAUGACUUCAUCUUCGACUUCAGAGGAACACUGGGCGUGUCCGAGGGCCGGGGCGGCAAGACUGUGGCCGCCACCGCCCGGAACUUCCCCGCCCUCAUCGGUAACGGCGUCGCCAUGACCGUGGGCUACCUCGGGCCUUGCGGCAUCAACCUGCCCCACACCCACCCCCGAGCCACCGAGUUCAACUUCGUUGCGAGUGGCGCGUUCGAGGCGGGCUUCUUCAUGGAGAACGGGAAUGAGUUCGUCAUGACCAACGUGACGCAGGGCAUGGCGGUGGUGUUCCCCCAGGGCGCCAUCCACUUUGAGCAGAACAUGAACUGCGAGCCGGCCGUCUUCGUCGCCGGCUUCAACAACGAGGACCCCGGCGUCUCCACCAUCGCCUCCAACUUCUUCGGACUGCCCACUGCGAUUGUGGGCGCGUCCCUGGGAGGACUCAACAUCUCCUCGGUGGAGGACCUCAGGGCUAUGCUGCCGGACAACCCAGCCUUGGGUACCGAGGAAUGUCGACGUCGAUGUGGUCUCUCGCUGGACUGA